AGACAAAGCCGGGGUCGAUUUAAGUUCUCGCUCCGCCGUCUGCACCUGUCAUGCUGCGGUAGCGUUUCUUGGGUCACACAAUAUCUAGACUAGUAUUCGCCGCGUCCUUGCAUAUUGCACAUAUAGCUCAGUGAUGUGUUAUCCUUUUGUCACUUCCGCUCUUCUUACUGCUUGUACUGUAUGUGUAGUCUGCAGUACUGUACAAUAUACAGUCUAGAGUCUAAUAAGACUAAUACUAUAGAAUCAUCUAGAGUAAUACUGUCACUCACAACUAGAAUAGAAUCUUAUUAUUAGUAUAUAAUCAUACCGUGAAUUAAGACAGCAUUCAUCUGGUUAUGGCUGAAGGCGCUUCAACUGCAGAACUCAUGGAUGUAAUAAAAAAGGAAGUGAAAGAUGAGGAUGAUGUUAGUAUACAAGAAGCUAACAGGAACAAUGAAGCAACACACAAUACAGAACAUUAUGAUGAAUCUUAUACAAAUAAUCUCGUUCGAAGCAUUACUGACUUUGAAGAUCAACCUGUCGGAGUGAAACUUCAGAAGGAGGGGACACUCCAGGAUGGUGUCCUUGUGAUGUACCUUACAUACAGUAACGAAAGUGUCCACACAGAUGUCAGGUCAAUUAGAUACCCCAUCUGUCAGAUAUGUAAUAAAGUAUUCACAUCUGACAGGAAUCUUAGAAAUCACAUGUAUGUUCAUUAUGGGUUCAAGCCGUACAAAUGUGACAUGUGUAACCAAGGCUUUUGCAACCAUAAGAGCAUACUAGGCCACCUCAGAGCGCAUUUACGAGAGAAGUCUGUCAACUCCAAGGUGUACAACUGUCCUAUUUGCAAUAAAGGCUUUUCUCAGAGGAUCUAUUUAAAGACUCACAACCUCAUUCAUACAGGGGAAAAGCCAUUUGUUUGCAACAUUUGCAACAAAGGUUUUACUCAGAGGGGAUAUCUCAAAAAUCACAUUGUACAGCAUUCUGGGAAAUUCCCAUACAAGUGUCAAAUCUGUGAAAAAGGCUUCACUGAUGCUACCAGCUUCAAGAAACAUGGAAAUGUUCAUUCUGGUGAAAAACCUUUCCAAUGCCCUAUCUGUUUCAAAGCCUUUCCACAUAAGAACUACUUGAAGACUCACAUUCUUUACCAUUCUGACAAUAAGCCUUACAAAUGCGCCCUUUGCAACAAACAGUUCUCUCACAGAGGCUUGGUGAAAGCCCAUCUUCUCAUUCAUAUUGCUGAAAAGCCCAAUGUUUGCACUGUGUGCAACAAGAGUUUUCUAAGGAAGUCUUGCUUAAGAAAGCAUUACCGCAUUCACACAGGAGAGAAACCAUACAAAUGCAACUUAUGCGAGAAACAGUUUUCUCAGAUAUCAUCUCUGACGAUACAUAGCCGAAUUCAUGAUGCUAGCAAAACACCGUUCAAAUGUCUAACAUGUGGAAGAGAAUUCGCACAAGAGGCUUUCUUGAAGAAACACAGUCAUGUCCAUUCCCAAAAAACCUAUCUGCGUUGCAGUAUUUGCUACAAACUUUUUUCACAUCCUCAUCUCUUGAAACUGCACACCUUGACGCACACAGUGGAAAAGCCUUUCAAGUGUGACGUAUGUGGCCGGGCCUUUGCCAAAAGUGGCAGCUUGAGUGCACAUAGCCUUGUCCACAAAAAUAAACCGUUCAAAUGUGAUGUUUGUAACGCUGAGUUUUAUGAAAGGGAGUUACUGACUGCACACAGUUACCUUCACACAACUGGGAAAGCACUGCCAUUGAAAGUGUGUAAUCAAGAAAAUCCCCUUCCUGGAGAAUCAAAAAGUGAAACUCUUUUUUCUUCUUUGGAAAAUCCAUCACCAAAGAAUUUGGAUGUGCGUAAUGAAAGUCUUUCUCAGUCUGACAAUUCAAAAUCCCAAACUGAUGCUCAUUCUGAAACUGUCUCAACAUCAUUAAAUUUGUGUUCAGAAAGAACUUCUCAAGAGGCUGAUCUAAAAACUGAUUCCACUAUUCAAUGUAGAGAAAGUUCAUCGGCAUCUAAUAAAUGUAAUGAAGAUUUUCCUCUCUUGAAAACUCUGACAACUCAAACCACAACUCCUAACCUGAGACAUUCAUUGACACCAAGUGCAUGCGAGGAAGAUGUUUCAAAGUUUAUUGAUUCAAAGACUCAAACCAUAUAUCAUUCUCAAGCUGUUGACGAGCCUAUCAAAUGUAAGGUAUGUAGCAGGGAGCUAACUCUGAUCUCUUCCUUAAAGAGACACUACCAGGCUCAACACUUAUUAAAGAUGGUGGUCGUUAACACUAAGAAACUUUAUUAUGUUCCUCCUCCUCCAGAAGAAUUACCUGUUGAAGGGAAACCUUUGACAGCAAUGCAGAAACUUUUGACCACUGCAGUCAAACCUCUGAGGAAUGUCUCUGAGCCAGUGACAACUAUAGAGAAACUUUUGGCUGCUGACGUCCCUCUGCAGACUGAUGACAAACCUUUCAAGUGUGAAGUUUGCAACAAAGGUUUUCUUUAUGAGCACACAAUGAAAAAGCAUAGCCUUGUUCACACUGGCGGGCACCAGGUACGCUGCCCCACAUGCAAUAAAGGCUUCUGUGAGCUUUCUGCCAUGCAGAAGCAUGCCUUGAUUCACACAGGAGAGAAGCCGUAUGUCUGCCAUGUGUGUGACCGUGGAUUCACAGAAGUCUCCUCUCUGAAGAAGCACUACAACAUUCACAGUGGAGAGAAGCCCUACAAGUGUCCCAUUUGUGACAGGGGAUUUGCUGACAACUCUACCAUGAAGCAACAUGUCUUGGUGCAUACUGGCGAGAGGCCAUACAAGUGCCAUAUCUGUGAUAAAGGCUUUGUGAAAAAAUCUAAAAUGACUGUUCACCUUCUGAGCCACACUGGAGAGAAGCCAUUUAAAUGUGAACAAUGUGGUAAAGGGUUUUGCAUCAAUUAUCAGCUGAAAAAUCACAUUCAGGUGCACCAUAGUAAGUGAACAAGAAGAAGUUAGAGGUUGGCUUUUAGAAAAAUGUACAUGUUACAAGGGUUACACCCAACGUAAGUCUCCCAGUUAACAUGGCAUUUCUAGGGCAGAAUUUCAAACUCAAUGUUACAAGGGUUACACCCAAGUCUCCCAGUUAACAUGGCAUUUCUAGGGCAGAAUUUCAAACUCAAUGUUACAAGGGUUACACCCAAGUCUCCCAGUUAACAUGGCAUUUCUAGGGCAGAAUUUCAAACUCAAUGUUACAAGGGUUACACCCAAGUCUCCCAGUUAACAUGGCAUUUCUAGGGCAGAAUUUCAGACUCAAUUACUUCAACAUCCAGAGUUUUUCUUUGUUUCACAGACAGAUUUCAGGCUAGUAUACUCUGUCACAGACAGAUUAAAACUAGUAUACUCUGUCACAGACAGAUUUCAAGCUAGUAUACUCUGUCACUGACAGAUUUUAAGCUAGUAUACUCUGUCACAGACAGAUUUCAAACUAGUAAACUAUGUCACAGACAGAUUUCAAGCUAGUAUACUCAAAGGUAGAUUUGAAGUUAGAAAACUCAGUCACAGAUUUAAAGUUUAUAUUUAAAGUUCUAGACAUAUUUCAAGUUAGUAUACUCUGUCACAGAUUUCAAGCUACAAGCUGGCUUACUUCAAUAACAUACUAACAGAUAUAAUAGUUUGUCUUCCAACAUUUUAUCUGACUGGUUUACAUUUACACAGAACAAUGUUGGAAAGUUGAACAGUUGUUUUUUCCUCCUCCUAUGUUUUUGGUUUCUUUACAAGAAUACAAUUGUCAUCAUUUCUUGUUCUAUUAUUGUUUCAUAUGAACUCAUAUAUUUUCAAAGUAGUCUUGGUUUCAGAAAUGUAGUGCUUGGAGAGUUCUGAUAAAUAUGGUCUGCUUUAGCUGAUUUGAGAAUCAUUGAGCUGCGGAGUAAUAGUUUUAGAAUUGACUUAGUAGCUGGGAAUAAAAGGAAAAUUAAAUUUAAAACAUCAACAUACAAAAAAUACUUUUAAAAAAAUACAAAGCUUCUAUUAAAUGUAUCAAUUAGUUUGGAUAAGUCAUGUAAUUAAAUCUAAUAGAUCUAGACUAACAAUAAAAAAUCUGUGCUAUUAGAAAUAUUUUUACCAAUUGUUUUUCUUUAAGACUAAGACUAAGACUGCUUUAUUGAUCCUUACGGAAAUUUGUUGUGAUUACAAGGACUCUUUUCUCAUAUAAAGACAACACAACAGAAAAAAUACACAUAAAUACAACAGACAACAUAAAGAGUUCAUUUAGCUUUCAUGCUUUUAGCGUUCUCAAAAUGUCAUGUUCCUAUCACUUGUCUGGACCAGUUGGAAAAGGGGGGGGGGGGGAAGAAUGAAUAUUUAAAAAAAAAAGGUUAUCUAUUGUUUCUAUUUCAUGUUUGUGUUCACUCAGACCAUUGUCAUCAGUUCUUUCCUGUUCUUGUUUCAUAUGAACUCUUAAUAUUUUCAAAGUUAUCAUGGUUUCAGAAAUGUAGUACUUAGAGAGUUCUGACAAAUAAUAUAAAGGGGGGCUAAUUCAGCUUAUACCACCACCACAGUCAUUUACUGUUUCUUUACCAAACAAAAUAAUUUAUUACCAAUUGGUUAAUUUUUUUUAAAUUGAUGUUUUUGUUGUCCGGUAAAAGAAAUAAUUGUGCAAAAUUUCAGCUUGAUCCGAGAUACGGUGUCAGAGCAAUAACUGUACAACCUUUUGGCCAGAUAGACAGACAGAGUGAGUUGAUAAAAGCUUUGUAAAAAACAAUUAUGACUGUUAAGCAAGAAUUGUAAACAUUUCUAUUUGUACAUCUUACAAAGAAGAACUUUGAUGUAUAUCUAAUUUUAUCUCUUAUAUCGAGUUAUCUGAAGCUAGAGUUCAUAAAUAUUUAUUCUACUUGUUUGUAAUUAGCAAUGUCUAACUUAUUUCAAAUGAACAUUAUCUAAAACUAUAAUGUCUAGAUCUGAGGGACAGCCAUUAAAAACAUAACAGUUGAAAUUGUUUUAUAAAAUAUUUUAAAAAAAUAAAAAACCUGUUGUAUAAAACACAAGAUAAUUAAUUACCAUAUAUUUUUUUAGUAAUGUAGUAAAAUAUUAAUAUGAAGUAAUAUGUACACAUGUGAAUUAUAGGCCUCGUGUUCAAGUGAUGAUUGCAAAUUAGGAUUGUAUACCAAUUACUAGGAGUAUCGUUAACUGCUCAACAUAUGAACUUGGUUAGAUAUUUUCAACAUUUUAUGAGGACCUCUCUUUUCAUUGUACAUGCAACAUUAAUUUUGAAGUAUGUUACGAGUCCGCAUCAUAUGUUUAUUAAGCUAUCACAUGAUUAGCCUAUGUACAUUAAAUUCUUUGAGUUAAAAAACUUAGAAUACACAUAUCAGAUUUUGAAGGAGCUAACUGUGGUUCUAAUAUCCAGAGUGACUGUGGAAUCCUGUUCUUAUUCUUUGUUUUAUAUAAAGCUAUUUUUCUUAAGCUGAGAUGGAAAUCUGAUACUUUAUCUCAGGUCUUGUUUGGUAAAUCUACACGUCUAAGUGAAUGCAUUGAGUAAAGUACCCUAUUUGGUUUGUUUUAUCAUCUGCUGAUAUCUAAGUCACUUUGUAUAUUAUACAUUUUUUUUGGUCAAUGCUAAUCACAGUAAUCUUUUUGUUUACUUUAUGAUUUUUAAGAUCCAGUUUAAUUUCUGUAAGCAAUAUAGUAACAUAGAGAACAAGAAGAGGAAAUGAUGUGGAGAAAUGUGUGCUCAAUGUAAUGUAACCUAAAGACAAAUAUUGGAGGCACAGUGUGCUUGGUUUCCAAACCCAGUUGUCCCAGGUUCGAAGACUGGGAUUUUUUAUUUCUGGAUUUGUAGGGCGACCUCUCAGUCCACUCAGCUUUAUUGGGGUACCUGACUAUAGAGCUGGGGAAAUAAAAGGUGGUUGGUCGUUGUGCUGGCCACAUGACACCCUCAUUAACCGUGGGCCACAGAUGACCUUUACUGUAUUUUCAUCAUCUGCCCGUAGAUCGCAAUGUCUGACAGGGGAACUUUUAAAGAAAAAUAAAAAAUGAAAUUAUUUGCAAACGAUUUGAAAUAAAGCAAUGUCAAGGACGUUUUGAAAAAACAAAUCAGUGUUGCCACUAAAUAUUUCAUAUUGGUAUUACUUUAUGCUGACAAUUUGUUUCUGCUUUGCUAAAAACUACACAAAGUCUCUGUAUACUUCUUUAUUCUUACAAUACAUUGCCUAUCAACACUUUCUAUAUUCUGUGCAUUGGUUCACAGGAUACACCAACAAGCUAGCUAUUUAGAGUUAUCCCCUACAGAUGAACAUUCUAUUUAAUUUCCAUUAAAUGUGCAGAAGUCUAACUGAAAGUUACUUCCGGUUUUAUUUCUAAGUCCGUGUGACCAUCAUUUUCUCUCGUCAUUUCCUCCUCACUGUAUAAUUCUCAUCCACCAAUCAAUAUCUGUAUAACUGUUGUAAGUAUUUUGUCUACCAGUCUUUGAGAAUGAUCACAGAAUAUAGUGGUUAGUGCAAGAAUAGUGAGGGAGGGAAAAUAGCGCUUGAAGAUGUUUAGAUUUUGACAAGAGUUUGCCUCUGUUCUUUCCUAAUACAAAGAGAUUUCAAUGCGUCCUUGUCGCGUAGAAUGGCCUCUCCAUUUUUCAUGGUUAAAUUCUUGCAAUGUUUAUCAAGAUGUCAUCAUUGAGUCCCAGCAUCAUCCCUGAUGAUUAAGACACCUGUCUCUUAGUCUGUUGAACCGUUGGGGCACCACACACAAUCUGUCGACUGAAUUUCUCCAUUCCCGUCUUUUGCCUUGAAUAGAAGACAUAGCUCCACAUGAAGCGCAUCGGUUCCCUUAGGCCUAAUACACAGUCAAGUAAGACUCCACAUUUUAAAGUCAUCUUCAUUUUUGUUUGUUUUGAUCCCACUAUGCUAGAAGACGUCAAGGAAACUUAGAUCCCCGGCGGACAACGGCUUUGUUUGCAUCAGAUGUGCAGGUCGCACCUGGGUUUGCAUAGUCAUGCGGAACACUGCAGUCAUCCUUAAUCUUCAAAAUCGAAGACAUUUCCAUUAUUAUUAUUAUGAUAGUUGACCAUGAUCUAUGUCAUAUACACUAUAUAUACACUCAAGUAGAAACAGUAUUGAUAGGAUGUGCAUUUUUAACAAUGUUUGUUAAGAUGUUAUAUGCUGAUGUUUGAUUUCAUUAUCAUGUUUAUACAUAUAUAUUUGUAUUUGUCAUUCAUUUGUUGAUAUCUGUGUGUUGUUUUAAACAUAUAUUUACCGAUGUAUGGUUUAUUAUUAUCGUUUAUUAAAACAAUAGAUAGCUCCCUGUUGAUUAUUCUUAUAUUCUUAAGUCAGUACUCCUGUGCUUGUUGUGCUGUUUGUUAAUUGGGAAAGUAUUACACUCUAACUCUGUUUACUGAAGAGUAAGUGUAGUGGUUUCUGAUUGCGACUGGGAACGGAUUGGGGACAUUAAGGGCGUUGAAAGUUGACCGUCAGCUCCACACCCCUUCGGUCUGGGCCAAACAUUUUUUAAAGCUGUAUGUUAUGUAUGAGCAGGAUUCGAACUUGGGAUCAUUGUGACAAUAAAUUGAAUUUGAAUAGAAACAUGUGAACUAGCCAGCCCAUGGAGGGUAAUGUCUUGAAUGUAACUGAAGUGUGAAAAAUUCUCUAAAUCAAGGCAACGUUUUGAGUCGAUCUCUCUGCAGACUCCUCUCGCGAAAACUGUAUAAGGCCCUACUUGGAAGGUGAAAACACUCUGAACGAAAAAUUAACAUUGUAAACAUUGAUUUAGCUCUAUUAGGCAUUGUCUUCGGUUCAGAAGAUUAAGAAUGCUUUAAUUUCACGUGACCACGUAAACUCAGUUGCGAACUGCUUAUAUUGCCACAUCUGAUGCAGACAAAGUUGUUGUGUCUCGGCUGUCUAUUUAAGUACUCUUGUCUCAAUUGCUUGAGAACCCUUCAACUUCCUCUUUCAGAGGUCGUCUGCUGCCAGCUGAUUUCCCUAUAGUGUUAGCUCGUCCCAAUUGAUUGUAAUGUUUUACAUAUGGGUCUAGAACUGCAGUGAAAUGGUAAAGUUCCACUUUCAGACCUUGUGAUCAAUGGGGCAGAUGUUUCUGUGGCACACGGUUAGCGAGGGCGUUAUGUGGCCAGCACAACGACCAACUUCCUUUACUUUUUCCCAACUAAUGUCAGGUACCCGUUAGAGCUGGGUGGACUCAGAGGCCCCCAAAGAUCCCGAAAUUAAAAAUCCCACUCUUCUGGAUCGAAAGCCAAUCGCUUUACCACUCAGCCACCGCGGAAUGCAAUUACAACAUAUUUGUUCUUGAAAAAAAAAAGAUUCCCAGCGCUUCCUUGUUUAUUCUAAGCUUACGUUUUAGAAAACAAAACUCGAGCUGCUCAAUGUGUUCUGGUUAGACAAGAGUCUUAUCAACCUAAAUAUUGUAGAACAGACCAGAACAAAAUAAAUACAAGUUCAAUUGUUUCAUUUUAAAAAUAAAGUUCUUUAUUUUUAUGUUUAAAAUUAUAAACUUUUUUUUUCAUACACUCAAGUCUUACUAGCAAUAAAAAAAUGAAAUAAAUAAGAUAUAAAACCAACUAAUGUAAGCUACAACUAAUAUAGUAGCACACACACACACAAAGUAGAGAAUAAAUACAAAUUAUAAAUAUGGCUACUAGCAGACGUCCAUGACAAUUUAAUGAUACAAAUGUAUACACAUUUUUUAAAAAAUUAAACAAACAGUGCACUUGGGAGAAGAUGUUCUCUUUUUUUUUUUUAAGAGGAUUGGUAUAUCUGCCAGUGUUUGUGAGGGUGGGGGGAGUUAGAACAGAGUGGAGCUUGUAGCAGAUGCGUCGCUAAGGUUGGUGUCGCCCGGUGCGAUUCGCUAGUGUUGUCUAACCUCAACAUACAUCCACCUCUUCUCUAAAUAAAUUUUCACAAUAAAAACAAUCACAGAUAUUAAAAUUUUGAACUUUGAUCCAGUAUCUAGCUUCUACCAAUUCAACUUAUUAAAAAAAUCCAUUUUGGUGUCAUCCCCUGUGACCCAUCACACUCCCUAGCGACACCACUUGCUUGUAACUUAACCUUUUUUUUAAUUGAAUGGGGUGGAAAGGAAAGUACUGGUUAGCAACACAAUUAAUAGCCGAUGAUAAUUAUUUAUUUUAUUAUUUUACAAUUAGCGAUACGAUUUUACCAUACGUAAAAUUUCAUACUUUUUUCCCCCUUUACAAACUCCAGACAUAAGUUUGCUGUUACGGACUACCGUAGAAUUAAUUCAACAGACGUAUUCCUUAAAUCUUCCCAUGAUUCCGAAUGUAUGGAAUCGAUUAUAUAAACAUAUUGCAUAGAUUGAUUGAAGGCAACCAUUUCAUUGAUAAAACAAGCACAUAAUUUCAGCAAAAGCAAUUUGGAAAGACAAUAGUUCAAAUAAUUGUAAAAAAAAAAUAUGUAAAGAUGUUAAUAAUUUUAAGGCACAUUAGCUUCAUACGAUUCGAAGGUUCAUCCAUUCAAUAUGUAUAUAUAUAUAUAUAUAAAUUUAUAUAUAAUACAGAGGCAGCUCCUUUUAACACCUGAAACAAUAGUUUCUUUGAUAUGGAGUUGUCUUUCGUUGUUCUAUUUGCAUUGGUUAUACAUCACAAGCAGACAUUAUUAACCAUGGAAAAUUAAAAGUAAAUGCAUAUGGCUUUUUUUUUUGUUUGUUUGUUUUCGAUGUUAACCUAUAUCUGAAUAAUAAAAUAAGUUUCCUUUGUAGAAGUGUUUUAAACAUAAGUUUCAUUAUUCGCACGUGUCAUUCUCUCAUGAAAUACUGUAUUUAAAAAGAUACAACACUCACACACACUCACAUUAGAUAAUGUCAUUAAUGAAUGUAUUAAUUGAUAUAAAAAGUAUCAAAUCGCAAUACAUAUUCCCUAAACAAAACAUGUAUGCAUUUGAAGGUUUGGAGGGGUUGAGGUCUACACUUUAUGGCACAAAGUCAAUUGAAAUGAGCUAUUUAGUUCUAAGUAAUAAUCCACUAACACAUGCAAUCAAUCAUUCUUAGGCAAAGGCAACAUCCCAUUAAACAAUCUUUGGCUAGCUUUACUUUGCCAAACUUAAACAUUCGAUUUACAUUGCUAAACUAAAAGCAUAAAAUUGAAAAUUGCGAAAAAGAAAAAUAGGCCAACAUUUGUAGCAUAAUCC